CCCGACUUAGAUGGCUCUGUUAUUUUUGCGGCGAGAGAAUACUGCAAUUAGUUUGGGGACAUCUGACGGCUAAACAGGAAGAUGGCGCCGGCGCCAGGUCCAGACACAGUCGAAGGAAGAAGAUAGGAAACGAGAACCAAAAUCAAAAUUUUCGCUGCUUGAAUUCGAUGAUUACUGUCACUAGAUGAACACAUCCAUUCCGGAUGGGAAAUGAACUUUUGGGUGUUAAGAGUUGCGAGGAGUCGUUCUCAUGUGUAGCAGAUACGUGUUUUUCUAAAGUUUUAAUGUCUGAUUGGUCUAAUUUCUAGCCAUUGUCAGCUUCUAAAGGUAGAAGCUGAAUUUACAAAAAUGUUUAGAACAUUUCAUGGUGUUCGUUUCCUGAGAUGGGAUUACUUUUAAUGGUGGAGCCUGCAGUUAACCAGAAACCAUCUUUUAAUCUCAUAAAGUUGCAUCCAAUAUGCUGAUUCAUGAUCAUGACAUAGUAAUAAUAUCUAUGAUAAAAAAGAUACAUGGCUUUUUUUCAUAUAUUAUUAAUAUAUAUAUAUAUAUAUAUUCACACAUAUGGUUUUACUGUUAAUUUUCAUUGCCUGUAAAGCAGGGAAUUUCUUGUGACGGCCAAUCUUCAUCGUUGAGGAAAAAUUCAAGUGAAUCUAGACCCAAGGUGGCAUUGUUGUCCUCCUCUGGACAAGGAUUUUUUGUCCAAUCCACGAACAUCUCCUCUAUUUCAAAUGGUUGCAGACAGUACUGUUCUUCUCCAGUAAUGCUUGUCUGAACAUGAUCAUUGCUUCCAAAAGUCAAGAAAUCCGCCUUCUGCCUGGAAAUCACAUCCAGCACUUCAUUUUGAUUCCACUCGUCUUGGAGCUCAGGUUGGUCUUGAGGGGUCAAGGUAUGGUUAGGUUCUACCUCUUCACUACGUUGCAGCAAUGGGUACAGGAGCUUGGUGCAUCUGGUGGCCUUGGUCCGGAUGGCCUUGGUUUCUAAGGUCGGUUGUGAGUUGGAUGGCUCCGUGGUCUGGGGUUCACUGGAAAUCUUCUUGAGUCCAGAAUUGUCCGGAGAGGAUGACUGAGUCUGCGUCUGAGCUCUAGCCUUUUUCCCUAGGUUGGUGUUCCAGUAAUUCUUGAUUUCAUUGUCUGUUCGCCCAGGUAGCCUUCCAGCUAUUAAAGACCAUCUAGCAAAGAGAACAAAAUACAUGAUUCCUUCAUCCUUAUUACAAUUAGAAUAUUAUGGAGAUCAUGGAAAAAGAAAGCAAAAAAAAAAAAAAAACACCUGUUGCCAAGAAGAUUAUGGAGUCUAAUUAUGAGUUCUUCCUCGUCGUGCGAUAU